AUGGGUUGGAGCAGAGUUGUCAAUUUCCUCAACAAGGGCGUCCAGCGGCGGCCUCAUCGUCGCUUGCCCGGCCAACCCCACCACCAGUGGAACAUGCUCAAGACGCAGCUGGACCAGCUAGUUCGCUCCGACCGACUCGAGUUAACUCUGCCGCGAGCGCAGGAACUGCAGCAGUACGCCGAAGAGCUCGUUCACUUCGCCAAACAAAACACUCCGGAGUCUUCUUUAAUCGUAGAAAGCAUGAUCUUCACCCCUGCGGCGCGCCGCAAGCUGUACCACGAACUCUGUCCCCUCUACGCUCAUCGCCCGUUCUUCUACACGCGCGUGGUCAACCAACAUCGCCUGCGCAUGCGCGACGCCGCCCCCAUGGCCUACCUCGAGUUCGUCGACAGACCGGGAGAAAUUCGACCUGCACGGCCUGUGGGCUUUGAGAGGAAGCAAACGAUUUGGGAAGAGAUGCAGGCGACUCGUCGCGGACGGAGACAGUGGUGGAACCACGCGAAGAAACUCGGACUGAUUGACGAGGUGACGGGCGAUCUCAUUCCCGACGUUAACGCGCUCAGGCGGCCUUCCGCGGCAGAGUGGGAAGCGAGCGACAGCGAAGAAGACUCAGACUCCCAGCCCCCCUCGCCGUACAAAAUGGUUUCUGCGCCGAAGCGAGCUCUCGAACCCUUCUUCGUCGACUUGCCUCCCCCGACGGAACGGUACAGAAAGCCGCGCUACGUGUUCAAGCGAUUCCGACCUUAA